AUGUGGUACUCGCGUUGUCGACGAUGGGUGCGGAACAAAAUAAGCCGCCGCCCGCAGCGAUCGACACCAAGCACAUCCAUGACUCAAUCAGUGGCCAAAAAAACCUCCAACAACUCUCUUCCUCUCCCGCAACUCCCCCCACCCGCACAACCAACUGCAGCAAUCUCUACGAUUAUGGGCCCUCCACCAAAUUCUGCCAAAGAGGCAGACACUUCACUGCAGAAUACUACUCCUAAAGCGCCAAGUCAACCUAAUCGACCGGGUUCUGAAGUUCUAGCUCCCACCAUCACCACCACAACAAAAAGCGCGAAAGUGAAUGGAGCCCCGCAGGUUGCAACUGCGGCACCGGCAACCACCGCUACCUGUACUACUGGUACUACUCCUGCCGUGUCGAAACAAGAUAACACAAAUCCGCUGGCUGAUUCAACCCCGAAGCUCUCCGGCGCGGAGCUAAAAAAGAAGGCAAAGGCGGAGAAGGCUGCAAGGCGAGCGAAAGAGAAAGCAGAACGCGAGGAAGCAUCUGGUGCGGUUAGUGGCAGUGGCAUUGGCAGCGCGAAACAGCAAAUUAACCAGCCACUGUCGAAGAAAGGAGUUCCUGGGUCGCAGGCGCAAAAAAAUCCUGAGGUGAGUGGUUUGGGCGGGAAAGGACAGAAACAAUCAGGUGGUGGAGGUGGUGCUGGUGGUGGCGGGCGACAUGGCUCGAUUACACAUAUUAAUACUGCGGAGUUGACGAGGAGGAAGAAGAGAGAGGAGGAGGGCAUGGGUGUCGGUAAGACGGUUGCGGUGUUUAGCCAUUUGUCGUUGCAGAAGCGAAGAGGUACGAUUGCAGGGGCGGGAAAGGAGAUUCAUCCGGCCAUAUUGGCAUUGGGGUUACAGAUGAGGGAUUAUGUGAUUUGUGGGAGUAGUGCGAGGUGUGUGGCUAUGUUGCUGUGUUUUAAAAGGGUGAUCGAAUCUUAUAGUACACCCAUUGGAACAUCGCUAGCACGCCACUUGAUGACACAUCUCUCCCACCAAAUCUCAUAUCUCUCGUCCUGUCGACCACUCUCCAUAAGUCAAGGCAAUGCGAUUCGUGCUAUAAAACUCGCAAUCUCAGCUGUGGACCCAUCCUGUCCUGAGAGUGAAGCCAAGGAGUCCCUUUGUGACUAUAUCGACGGAUUUAUCCGUGAGAAGAUAACGGUUGCGGACCAGGUGAUCGCAAACAGUGCGGCUCAGAAGGUUAACGACGGUGAUGUUAUCCUCUGCUACGGUGGGAGCAACAUUGUUCAACAGACCCUUCUUACAGCUCACGGCCAGGGCAAGAAGUUCCGCGUCUCGAUCAUCGAUUCCCGUCCCCUUUUCGAAGGCAAGAAACUUGCCCGCACACUUGCCAAUGCGGGAUUACAAGUACAAUAUUCACUCGUACAUGCCAUUAGCCACGCGGUAAAGGAAGCUACGAAAGUUUUCCUAGGCGCCCACUCCAUGACUAGCAACGGCCGCCUUUUCAGUCGCGUAGGCACUGCCCUCGUUGCAAUGUCUGCAAAGGAACGUGCAGGCGGCACCAACAUUCCCGUGAUUGUCUGUUGCGAGACGGUCAAGUUCACCGACAAAGUAGCCCUUGACAGCAUUGUUCUAAACGAAAUGGCCGAUGCGGACGAAUUGGCCGCAAGCGAACCUUCACACCAGAUAACACAUCCAUCUCCACCACUCCCGACAAAAACUGCCAAGUCUGGCGCUGCGACAAACCAAAACGCAGAGUCAAUGGCCGAUACUGUCACUGAUCCGAACAACCCUCUCCAACAUUGGAAAGAGAAACCAGGCUUACAACUGCUGAAUAUCAUGUAUGACGUCACACCAGCUGAGUAUAUCGAUAUGGUCAUUACGGAGAUGGGCAGUUUACCACCUAGUGCCGUGCCGAUCGUGCAUAGGAUGAGCACAAACUCCUAAAUUCGAUCGUGCUUGUACGUUUCAUUGUUUCUUCCUUUUCAGUUCCCUCCUCCCUUGCUUUUACUUUCUUCCCCUAUCCUUUUCUUGGGGGUUUCGGAUUUCUCCAUGUCAUUUGCCCUCUAUUUUUCCUUUCUUUUUGUUUCCAUCUUAUCUCUUCAAGUGUAUUUUCGUUCCUCCACACAUUAUUCUUUAAUUUUCAAUUUUUAUAGUACAUGUCAUGGGAUAGACAAAGGAAGGGUACGCCUAAGCGCCCCACAAAAAUGAAAACUGUGUUGUUGCGAGGUUAGGCGAAAAAUAUAAGCAUGGAAUUAAUAUAAAAGCAGGGGCUUGUGAUAUCAGGGGCAUUACAAUGGAACAGCAGGAUUUUUCUUUCUUACUCUACCAUUUUUCUUUUCCUAUGAUCUUUAAUUCUUUUCUUUUCUUCUUACAUUACUUUCAGCUCAAAUAUGACUAAUUUAUUCACGUCCUUCUGUAGGAUAAUUGAAGAAUCUAUUGGUCUGGCUGGCUACAAAGAAUCUAUAUCCCCUUGUCUGGCCGUGAGGCACAAUUAGUAGAGGGAUCCUGCAGCGCCAAGUCUAGUAUGCACGGCCUUCCUAUAUAGGCAUAGAUGCCACGAUUCGGCGCUGCUGUUAGGCCUUGUAAAUAUUGUAUUCAUCUAAUUGAAAACCUCUUGUAUGCCGGGUAAUGGAUAUAAUAAUAAUCCGUCACUGUAAUAAUCUCAUCAUCAUGCAGCAGCUGCAGCUGCCACUGCUGCCAGUAUUUGAUAAUCUGAUUAUAUUAUUCAAUAUUUUUUCAGCUUUAG